AAGUUUAUCUUUCGUAUGUUGUGUAUAAAAAGUUCCUUGCAGCAGACUGACUUGGACAAAGAUACUCGUUUUGACAAACCAUGCUGAAGUUAGUAGUGUUAGUUUCUCUGUUCGCCGCCAGCUUGGCAUCCUUUAAGUUCAAUGUCGACCAAAAACAUGUUAACUCCUGGAAGAAGCUAUCAGUACCACAUAACGUGUGUCUCGAAAAAGAAAAUAUCUCUCCGGAGAGGUUUGACAGUGCAUUAGAUAAUAUGGAUUUUCCAGAAGAUAAACAUUUCAAAUGCUUAUUCCAUUGCUUCUUUGAAAAAUUAAACUUUUACAAUGAAGCGGAAGGAACCUAUAAUCAUGAACUGAUGAUCGAACAAAUAUCUGGACUAACAAAGGAGCGUGCCAAUAACUGUUACACACCGCGCGGUCCACAUGAUGAUUGUGAACACGUUUUCCAUGGGGUGAAAUGCGCUAUAAAGGCAUUAGAAGUAUAAAACGACUCGUUUAUAUAGAUCUGUAUUGUUAAUGGGUUCUACCGUAGAUCAUGUUGUAUUUUGCAAUUCUUACAUCGAAAUUACAAGAUUGUUCAGAUAUGAG